CAGUCUUAUUUAUUCUCAUCAAGAGAUUUUUGAUGUUGCAGAAUUUUGCUGCAGUGUUAGUUUUUAUUUGACUAUUGAAUAAUAAUUUAUAUUAUAGUUACUUUGCAACAAAUUAACUUCUGAAUUAAUUUGUUCUGCUUAGCCUCCCAAGAUGAGCAAGGAAAUUACGGAAAUGACCCAGAAUAUUUCCCUAGAUACUGUUUACGUGUCAGAACUACAUGGAGACGAUGAGCAUGGGGAUGGAUCAGAAACAAAACCCUACAAGACAGCUCUGAGGGCUUGUAAGGACUAUAAAACUGAGCCUCUGCCCUCCAUCAUGGUUGAUGCCAAAGAAAAAGAUCAAAUGAUGAACAACACUACUGAAACACUCAGUCCGGAACUGUUUGUACAUCUCAAUGCACAUUUGUGCCAUAAUUCAUAUAUCUCUGGGGCCGUGGCUUCAACAAUUGACCUUAAAGCCCAUUCACUUAUUAAGAAAACGUGUAACAUCCCUUCACUUGCUAGGAGCAGUUCUCUUAAUCCUUACUGUCAUUUACUUCGUUGGUACCAGCAUAUAGACCGUCUCAUUGCAGACCCUCUGGUAACAUUUAUUCAAUUAGACGAUACAGCAGUUCUCAGCAGACUCUGCCUGUCAUCUUGGGAUGCUUGUCAGAAAUUUGAACCUAUAGCAAAAAGCCAAUUGAAAAAAAUCACCAAACUAUGGAAAGAUGACCUGAAGAAACAAGAAGCAAGACGCCGCAAGGAAGAAGAAGAUGCUAAGCAGCGAGCUGGUGCAUUGGAGGAAGCUGCUAAAGUCACUAUUUGUGAAGAUAUUUCUUUACCUCCCGCCAAACUCAUCAAGAUCAGGGAUGGGGAAAGCCAGAGGGGCUUGAGGGUUAAGGUUAAGGGAUGGAUCCACCGAUUGAGACGGCAGGGGAAGAACAUGAUGUUUGUGGUACUGCGUGACGGCACAGGCUUCCUGCAGUGCGUGCUGCUGGACAAGCUGUGCCAGACCACCGAGGCUGUCACGCUCACCACCGAGUCAACCGUGUGCCUCUACGGGGCGCUGCUGGAGGUGCCAGCAGGCAAGCAGGCGCCGGGCGGUCACGAGCUGCAGGUCGACUUCUGGGAGCUGAUCGGUGCCGCGCCCGCCGGCGGCACCGAGGCCGAGAUCAACAAGGAAGCAAACCCUGACGUGCAGCUCGACAAGCGCCACCUGCUCAUCAGGGGGGAGAACGCCAGCAAGGUGUUGUCCCUGCGCUCGCUGCUGUUCAACGCGUUCAUCUCCCAUUACAAGGACCGCGGCUACACUCAGAUGACGCCACCGACACUCGUCCAGACGCAGUGCGAGGGCGGCUCCACGCUCUUUGAUUUCAGCUUCUUUGGGGAAAAGGCUUACCUUACGCAGUCCAGUCAGCUGUACCUGGAGACCUGCCUGCCCAGUUUCGGGGACGUGUACUGCAUAGAGCAGAGCUAUCGUGCCGAGCAGUCCCGCACCCGCCGCCAUCUUGCCACCUACACACACGUCGAGGCCGAGUGUCCCUUCAUCACCUUCGAGGAGCUGCUCGACAAGAUUGAGGACCUGGUUUGCGACGUGACCGAGCGCGUGCUCGCUGACCUCCGCGGUGCACAGAUCGUGAGGGACCUGAACCCGGACUUCGUGGCGCCCACGCGUCCGUUCCUGCGGAUGGCCUAUGCAGACGCCAUUAAAUAUCUUGAGGAGCACGACAUCAGGAAGGAAGAUGGCUCCUUAUACGUCUUCGGAGAGGAUAUCCCAGAAAUGCCUGAACGAAAAAUGACGGACGCAAUCGGCAAGCCCAUCCUCCUGCACAGCUUCCCUGCAGACAUCAAGGCCUUUUACAUGCAGCGCAGGAAAGACGACCCCACGCUCACUGAGUCGGUUGAUUUGUUGAUGCCAAGCGUGGGUGAGAUCGUAGGAGGUUCGAUGCGUAUGGACAACUUGGAUGAACUCAUGGCUGCAUACAAGAAGAAAGGACUCGACCCCAAGCCUUACUACUGGUAUACGGACCAGCGUGUGUACGGCACUUGUCCUCACGGUGGCUAUGGUCUGGGUCUGGAGCGCUUCUUGUGCUGGCUCUCCAACACGCAUCACAUUAGAGACGCGUGUCUCUACCCUCGCUUCGUUGGUCGCUGCACACCUUAGGCCAAACUCAGCUAUUCUUGGCAAACAUUGUUGAACAAGACGCAUACGAACGACGUUUCCUGAUAGAUAGGCGGCUAUAUAUUAAUGCUCUUAAUGUUCCUGACAUUCUCAUGCAUUUCUACAUGACUCCAAUGUGGUCUCAUAUUUCCAAGAUAUUUAUGUUCUUUAAUAUGGGGUCAGUAUUUCUAUUCCUGUAAUGUGUGAAUGAUUACACGUAAGCUACAUUAAAGUUCCUCGAGUUCAUGACGGUUCCAAUGAUCGAUGCUCCGUUUAGCUUCCAGAAAGGUGCCCAAAAAUAUCUCUCAGUGUUCUAAUUGUUGGACUAUGUCAAGAAUUUCAUUUUAGUCAUCCUGUCUAACUAAAGACGAAAUUAUGUCUAUCAAUUUGAUUAUUUUGUUUUCAGUGCUUUUUCUUGUGCGAUCUUUACCAGUUUGAUUACUGUACUUAAAUUUGUAAUUGCAUCUCCCGUCGAGUCUAAUUACCAGUUCUGUAGCCUCUUCGCCCUUCCAGUUCGAUACCUUAUAUGUUGUUGACGUUUUGAGUACAUUCCCUCUACUUGAACGCUCGCCACAUAAUCCUUUUUAUGUACACUGAAGUGAAGAUAAGGUCAGCAUGACACAGAGGUAAUGACACAGAGUCUGAUGGUAAUCACGAAAGCUCAAAUUUAGAAACUCAAUUUGAAAGUCUAGCUGGAUUAGGUUGAAUUUCUUGCUCACAAUAGACUGUCUGAACCUUCAUGCCUCACUAACUUCAAUGCCUGUUUGAAAGUCCUGGCCAGUGAUACUUUCCUUUCAGCUUGGAUCAUUGAAUGAUUGAACAAUCUACAGGGGUACGAAGUUUACGGUUCUCUCAACUGAUCAUUCGAACACGGCGGCACUGUUUCGGAUUUGCAGUUGGUGACGCCAUUUCUUGUGAACAAAAUUUCUACAUGCUCUUAUGAAUAACUAUUAGUAAAAAGCGAAUUGAUUGCUAAGCAUUCACAUGAGCGUAGUGGUGGUGAUGCUUAUUCUCUUAGUUGAUAGAAUUUUCCAAUCCAACCUGUGUGUAAAGCGUCUUUUUUAUGGUGUAUAUUUAUUAUUAAAGGUUGAAGCUUAGCUUCGUAGCUAUUUUUUCAGCUCGAUCUUGGUUCUUUGAAGUGUAGCUGCCAACAAAAUUUGCAACCAUUUUGUUAAAGUUAGCGCCAAAAUCAUUUGUGUGGAAUUGUAUUACAAUUAUGUUGCUAAACAAUGAAAAGCGCAUCCUUGCA